CUCGAAUCCGCGGGCGUGAGAGGUGCGGGGCGGAGUGUUUGACUCUGGGAGUUGUAGUCCUGGGUUGCUGUGAGACCAGAGCGAGCGGGGCAACAAGCGCCUGAAGGAAUGGACAAGCUGAAGCGGGUGUUGAGCGGGCAAGACGCCGAGGAGCCGAGCCCCUUGGCCGAGGUGGUGGACGCAUCUUCCUUAAGCUGGAGCACAAGACUGAAAGGCUUCAUAGCUUGUUUCGCUAUUGGAGUUCUUUGUUCUAUUCUGGGUACUUGCCUGCUAUGGGUUCCCAGAAAAGGACUAAUCUUGUUUGCAGUAUUUUAUACCUUUGGAAAUAUCUCAUCCAUUGGAAGCACAAUGUUCCUUAUGGGGCCUAUGAGGCAAUUGAAAAGAAUGUUUGAAAUGACCCGUUUGAUAGCUACUAUUGUAAUGCUCCUCUGUCUCAUAUUAACGCUAUGUGCAGCUUUCUGGUGGCAUAAUAAAGGACUUGCCCUGAUCUUCUGUGUUUUACAGUUUUUUGCCUUAGCAUGGUACAGCAUUUCCUACAUUCCAUUUGCAAGGGAUGCUGUGAAGAAAUGUUUCACAGUAUGUCUCACAUAACAGGCAGUUAAACAGCUUGGCCAGCAAGAUGUGUUUCAUCUCCGUAUGCUGAGGACUGGAAGACCUGGACAACCAUGUGACCUUUGCAUCAACACACACCCGGUCAGGAGCAAACCUAUUAAGUUUGCUAGUUAAAUCUGUGAAGCAGAGGAAAACACCAAAUAUUAUUCUACAAAUCAUAACAACCUUUGUGACAAGCCCCAAGAUCCAUAUUCCUUUUGCUUGCUUGUUCAAGCAAUUGUGUUGUCUGGCGCAAAGGUGUCCUUUUCAAAUUGUGCAAUUAAGUUAAUGAAAAAGAUAUUAUGGCAAUCCCAAAUAGAUGGGAGUUGAAGUUUACAUAUUUUUGACUUACUGGGUCCAAAAGACAGUUUACAGAUUGGAUGCCUUUCUUAGCUAAGAUUUCCUAGGGUUUUACAUCUUUGUAUCUUUUUUAAAAGAAAUCAAUUUUGGAGCCUUAAGUCUUUUGCCUUCUAAAACAUCUAUAAGUACAGUCACAAAAAAGAACUAAGUUACUGCCUUGUAACAAAACAGCAAGUGCAAUUUUAUUGUAAUAUUACUCUGAAUUUAAUAUUGAAUAAUUUUACAGCCAGCAGCAGAAGCAGCAAGAAAUAGGUAUAUGGUAAUGAUAAAAGCAAACAUGUGCUCUUCUGUUUCUAAAAGCAGUUUACUGUAUUUCAUUUACGAUCACUUAAAAUACCACCUCAGUCUGAAAAAAUGGCAACAGUACUGCCUUAAUUUUAAGCAUUGCCUUUUGAAUUACUUUCAUUGCUCCCGUUUCAUUAAAUCACUCUUUACAGUUGGUGAAAUAUGACUUCAUACAGCCUAUAAGCAGACUAUGGUCCACAUAUGGAAUGUAAUUUAAAUAAGACAUUUCUCUCCUCUGCAUCUUUUAUUUAAAAAAAUGUUAUUUCUGUUCAUGUGGACAGCACACCUUAUAGAUGUUAUGAUUGUAUGGAUGCUAUGUGUAUUUGAUUCAAAUUGUGCUUUCCCAAUAGGACAGUAUCAUGUAAUGAUUUGUUUGACUUGGCACUCUGAACUUGUGAAUUCCUUUACUUUGAUGCAGUUUUGAAAUAGUAUUUUUUUUUCUGUGUAAUAAAGGAUUGAAGUACCGUAAGUUUGUGUGUAUGCAUGCAGGCAGACUAAGUAUUAUGUGAGACUUUUGUCUUAAGAGUAGUCUUUGAUGAAUUUUGCUAUAAAUUGCAACAUAUAUGUUGCAAUUUUUUAUGAAGCAAAAGACCUUUAAUCAAAUUCCCAGCUGUAGUGGCUUGUAGCACGUAUUGUAUCUAUUAAUUAUGGCUCCUACUCUGUUCUCUGCCAUUAUUUGAAAGAGACUAGUAGAGUGUUUCUGAACAUAGAAAUUUCCCUGAAUAACCAAAGAGAACUGGGACUUAGUCUAAUUAAGUACACACUGGAUUCAAUAUUUCUAUCUGCGUAAUUACUUAAUUGCAUCUUUUUAUUUGAUAACUAUCAGCUAUUUUUAACUAGUGGUUCGUUUGAAAAGCUUAAUUAUAAUACUCAUUUUGCCAUGCGAGUAAAUCUAAGGGUUAGAAAAUUAGACAUUUAUGAACUAUUUUUUAAAGGUCAGGAUUAAUGUUCUCCUGCUCUAAUGUCAAUAAAGUACCAUAAUUAAUAUUUGUGAGAUACCUUGGUUUCAGUUCCCAGUGAAUUCUCAAUAAGCUGUUAGAAACCUGACAUAUUGGCUUCAUAAUUCAUAUGUGCACUAAAUAUAUAUAAAAAUGAGCCAAAAUCUGAUUUAUUAAAUUUAGAUGUAUAUCCACUUGCCAUUUUGAAUCUGUAAAUACUAAAUGUAUGAUUGUUUGCCACAUGUUGUGCUGGAUUAUUCCUUUUAUUGGUAGUUAUGUGUUAGUGAAGAUAUGUACACACUAGUUUUGGAAACUGAGCAUAUGUAAAUACAGUUACUAACCAGGCUUAAGAAGGUGAUUAUAUUAGAGAAGGUGGAGUUUUUUCUGCCUGGCUAGUCUUAUUCCAUUGCUGCUCUGCUGAAAGAAGCCAGAUAGAGGUAGCUUAAAGGCACACCACACUUUCAGCCACUGGGGCUAGUAAGAUACCUUCUAUGACAGAAGUAUUUGCUAUAUGAUGACUGACCUCUAUGCAUUUCUCAGAAUUUUAUUGAACACCAAAUUAUGAGAAGGAAAGUGUAAACUUUUGAAGAGGUAGAGAGAGUUUCCCCUGAAAUGUGAAAUAUCAAAAUCCUCCUAGGGCUCUCUAAAAUGCCAGCCUAGCCCCUUGUGCUAACUUGCCUUUUAGAAUUGAGACAAUCGUUUCUUUAGAGAGUUGUAGUAGUUUGAGAGAAUAGUUGUUGCUUGUGAUCUGCACAUGGCAUAUCCUGUUUUUGCUUCUGGAAAACUGAUAUUUUGUAUAUUUUAAAUACUUGCAAAUGUGUUUGGCUGAUAGAAUAGAAAAUAAUGGGCAUGCAUAUAGUAAGAAGGCAUGUCUGUCUCAAAUCAUUUUAGUUCUCAAACUAUUACCUGUCUUCAUCUUUACCUAUAGAUGCUGCAGAACAUAAAAGGGUAAUAAAUUAACAACUGCUACAACAAAAGGCUUUUGCUAGCAUACUGCUUAAACUUGCGGUAUAUAUAUUUUGGGGAAAAAAACUUAGAAAUCUUGUCUGAAUCAUUCCUUUUCACAAAUACUUUUUUUAGAUUUGGGAUAAUCAGUGUACUUGUUUACAGAAUGUGAAUCUAUAGGAUCAAUAACAAUUGUGUAUUUAACACAUUCAGGCACAGAAGGCAGCAAUGCAGUAUCUCUUCUAAAAGAGUGAUUCUUCACAAUAUGCACCUCAAAUAUUCACAUGAAUGCUUUAUAGUAGUAUUUUUUCUAUUCAAGAUCUUUCUCCAACUUGGAUAGCUUCUAGAUUUUUACACUGCUAUGUUUAUAGGGUAUAGCCUUUUCUAUUAAAAAUCAUAUUUUUUGCUAAGGGCGUUGAAUAUUUGAAAAAGUAUUUUUAAAUGCCUUUGAAUAGUGACUUUAUGAUUAUUUUCUGGGAAGGUGACUACAUGUUAAGAAAGCAGUUAUACAGCCAAGUUUUCCAAAGAACUUAAUUGUCUAUACUCUAAAUAUUAACAUUAAACUUUUGAGUAGGCCUUGGUGUUUUGGAAUAAAAGCAUUUUAUGUGCUGUAGAAAAUUGCCUGUUUCCUGUUAUCUAACAUGUUGCCCUAUGUUUAGAUUGUCACUGGAAUGGUAAUCAUGGAAUCUUUUUUGCUGUACUCUUUCAUACAACACUGGUUAGUUAACUCAUUCUUUGCCUUAACUUCAAUAUUUUACUGUCAUAGCAUAAGGCUUUUUAGCCGGUAAAAAUAAGGAAAUCUAUUUUUGAGAUGUCUUUUUUUUUUGAGGGGGGGGGGACACAAAACAUGUCUACCUUCACUAUGUAAUAGUCAUAUUGAUAGGGAUUUUCAUACUACAAUUUUGAAUUUUCAAACUGAAUGAAGCUAAGUUUUGUAAGUAUUUCUUUUGCCUGUUGUAUUUUUUUACAUGCUUGGAUUGCCUGUCUUAUGUAAAAUACCUGUUUGAAUAACUUUUACAGCACUAUUUCUUCUGUAAUAAAGCUGGUUUCUCUAUA